AUGAAGAACCCAGUUACCGGCAUCCUGUCAUGGGCCCAUCGUAUUCAGGUCAUGAUUCCUAUCCCACCCAACAAAGCAGUCUCUCAAUCAGUACCAGAAUCCGGACGUCUUUCCCACUAUCUACUAUCUAACUUCCUCAACUACAAGCGGUAUCCCCCUGCUCAGUCUCACAAACACCAACCCGCAAUACGGAUUUGCCGUCGACGUGCAACUCAACAACUCCACCAUCGGCUUUCUGCAGCCGCCCACGCUGCCGAUAACAAUGCCGUUGGUACUUUUCGCAUUCAUUCAGCCUUACCUCGUUCGGCUUUUACACCCGAAAUUCGGUCCGGGGAGGGAACAAGUGGCACGGUCGAGCCCACACCUUGGCGCCCCACACCACACCGAUUGGCCUACGCAGUAAAUGACCAGGAUUUCAAAAUACAACAAAAAUGGGAGCGGCAGGGGUUUCAAUGUGCGCGAGAACUGUCGGCAAUAGGGUCUGCCAUCACACCCCGAAAUGUUAGAAUUUGUUAUGGUGCGCAUUCUGAUAACACUUGCCAGGAUCCGGUGUGACCCCUGUCUUGGUCCAGCGCAUCUACCACGUGGCCCGUUUUGGGGGGACCCUUCUUUAUACUAGCAGAACGCCACUUCCGACUCCCAGCAGAAUAGCGUUUUCCUUUACCCACAUUAAGUGAAUUCUCGCCAAAUGGUUACGUAUUACCAACCCACAACCUCGCACGCAACUAUUUAAAAUCCGCCGCCGAAAGACAGAAAACGUACCCCUACCAAUUAGGAGAUCUAGUUCGGCGUCUCCGACCGGCAGCAACUUUGGGGGUGUGGGCGAAAUUCUUUCAUUCUUGGAAAGGGUCACUCGUGAUCGCCGAUGUCAUACACUUAAAUGCGUACGUUCUGUGUGGCGCUUGACAACCAAAUGGACUUACCUUCACCACACAUUUCGCUAUCUUAAACCGUACUAAGGACAGUUACCCACUGCCACCGCCGACAGAACACUCAUAAUUCCACCACACUUAGUCGCUAUCGGGGUCUUUGUUCGUCGUAUUCGAAUUACUGGCAAUUUCACGUUUCAUCAACCACACCGUCUCGCGCGUGUUCGUCUUGCUGCCGCCAAGACCAAGUUCAAGAACAUGCUUAAGGUGAGCAUCAUCCGUCAGUCUGAAAACCCUUGGGCUUCGCCCUGCCCCGCAUGGCUCCGAAUGUCGGGGCUGGUGACUGGCGCCCCUGCGUGGCAACAGGGCCUUGAACAUCGCCUUCCCGGAUCACUACCACGUCCCGCAGCGCCAUCAUUUUUCCGGCACCUUAUUCGAAAAGUCUGUUUUUUCGAUGGUCGACCUGGUGUGGGCCCCCCAUCAAAUCUCAAUCGCCCAGGAAGACGUUUCGGAGGUGGCACUUACCACCUUCCCAAUCCCUUCGAGUUUCUGCGCAACGUCUUCCAGACCUUAAAGACAAUACGUCGCGGAAUACCCUUUGCCAACGCCUAUGUUGGCGACAUCUUGGUUGCCGGUACCACGUCUGAAGUAUACAUGGAACAUCUGGAAACGGUGUUUGACCACGUGCAACAAUUUAACGUUGUUUUCAGCCCAUUUCAGGUUUGUCUUUGAGGCUCCUUUUCUCGAGUUUCUCGGACACCUGGUGGAGUAAACCGACAUUCAUUGCGGCUACCCAUGAAUUCCCGCCUCCCACUUCUAAGCACCAACUGCCGCAUUUUCUUGGCACGCUGACUUUCUAUCGCCUGCUCCCCCCGAACAAUGCCAAUGCCAUUCAGCCGCUCGCUGAUUUCUCGGGUCCCAAAGGCUCGUUAGAACUCUCCGCAGACACCUUGCUGCCUUUGACAAAGUAAAGGCUGUUCUGGCCAACGCCACUCUUCUGACACACUGUUUCAGACGCACCCGUCUCCCUCAUGGUCGACGUCUCCAGUGUUGCAGUCAGCGCGGUUCUUCAGUAACACUUUGCAGGUCAGACCCAACCCAUAACUUUCUUCAGAAAAUUGCACUAUGGCAUACGUAGGCGGGAGCUUCUGGCUGUCAACCUCGCAAUAAAAGACUUCCCAGAUUUCUUGAGGACAGGGACUUCAUUGUGUUCAGUGACCACAAGCCACUUUCUUACACUCUUAAAUUGUAAUCCGACAGGUUUAACCCCCAGAAGAUUCACCAACUGGACAAUAUCUCCCAGUUGACCUCAGAUUCCGCCAUGCUGACUGGUCACGGAAUGAGGUGGCUGACGUACUGUUCAGGCUCUCCACUGUUCAAUUUCAGCUCACCCCCGGGAUCGGCCUCACCGAAAUGGCUGCAGAACAACGCCGUGUCGGCCCUCCCUGUGAUGAGGACGUUCCCGGACUCCAAUUCCAGAAGCUGCCUCUGGCCAUUUUGGCGCCCUUCUCUGUGACGCCCCCACCGCCUCUUUGUCCCACCAUCCCUUCGCCGCGAGGUUUUCUCCCCGCACAACCUCUUCCAACCUGCGAGUAG